CCGACCUACCACUGCAAUGGCGCCAAGCCCUCCUAUGUUACCAUGGCUACCAAUGGCACGAUAACCAGUGGAGAUCAUGGAUGGAGGAACUACAGCAGUGACAGUCUGUGCAGCUGGACCAUUGAAGCACCUUCUGGAAUGGCAGUGUCAUUGACCUUCCUGACAUUUGACCUAGCCGACGACGGGGACUGCCUAUCGGAUUAUGUCGCGGUGUAUGACGGGAGCAGCCAAAGCUCGGUACUGCUGGGCAGGUUCUGCGAGGGUAACCCUGGCGUUGUGAACAGUACGGGUAACUUGAUGCACGUUACCUUUGUCAGCAACUCUUCACUGGAGGCGGCAGGGUUUCGGGCUACAUUCGGGCAGAUACAGCCACCAGCAAACGGGUCCAUAAUUCCAGCAUACGUGAUACGUGGUUGCGAGGAUGCUACAGUUACGUUGUCCUGUCCAGCCGGAAGAGUCCCUUUCACAAGCUUCGCCAUGUUCGGUCGGGUCCACGGUUGGUUCUGUAGUUCCUCCAGCUCACAGACGUACUGCACCAGCAGCACCGCUACAUCAACAGUUCGCAGCGCCUGUGACAACCAACAGGGAUGUCAAGUUGUCGCCAGCACUUCAGCAUACGGUGAUCCGUGUCCCGACGAAACCGAGUACCUGGAGGUCUCCUAUCAGUGUGAUGUUGACGAGUGCGCCACAGGAAAUGGUGGAUGUUCACAGAAUUGCACAAAUACAAAGGGAAGUUACUCAUGUUCCUGUCAAACUGGCUACAACUUGAACGAUGACGGUGCCUCAUGUGAUGAUAUUGACGAGUGUGCUGACGCUAACGGGGGAUGUGAGCACGUCUGCACCAACACUGAGGGCAGCUUCCAGUGUUCCUGUCACCUCGGACAGACGCUUAACGGAGAUGGGCUAAACUGUGACGGUUGGGAUCUCCCCGAAAGUUGCCCAACAAAUGAUUUCAUCAAUCUUCCCAAUAACAAAACGUACACGGCAACAUCUAACGAGCUUGUUGACUACGCCACGGCUCAAACGAGGUGUGCCGCGGUUGGAGGAAUGGUCGCCGUGCCGAGGGACUGGAACGAACAGGAAUAUCUGGUGUUUUACAAGAACUGUAUAUCAAAUCAGAAUUUUUGGCUGGGAUUAAGUAGACCAGACGGGACAUGGGUGGACGGCCAGGACGCGGCGCUUGGUGAAUUCGCUGCCUGGGCGCCUGACGAACCCGGAUCCGGGAGCUGUUCCCAUCUUGUGUAUGGAACAAACCUUAACAGUCAACGCAGAAACCUGUGGUCGGACGCAUCGUGCAGUAGCACCUUUAAAUACAUCUGCGAAACAGCCGUGCAGACCACCACACCUCCGCCAACGACUCCUAUAGCAACCACUACAGCAGCAGGUUGUCCAAAAGCAGACUACGUUCAUUUUAACGGAGUUUGCUACAAGAGCUUUGCUGAGCAGAAGACGUGGGGCGAUGCUAAACAGACGUGUGCCGCAGACGGCGGGAUGUUAGCCAUACCGAAGGACAAUGCCACCAAUACUUUCCUCGCUAAUCUAGAAGGAGUAAAUGGUCGCUGGCUAGGGCUGAGUAGAGCCAACAGCGAUGGGCAGUGGGUAUUUGAGGACGGCCAAACGCUGACGUCAUCCGACUACUCCAACUGGUACCCCGAUGAACCGGGACCAGUUGACUGUGUCGGAUAUAUGAGGACCGAAUCCAGAUGGGAUGCAAAAGACUGCAGCAAGCUCAAGGGAUUCAUCUGUCAGAUAUAUGAAGCCGUGCAAACCACUACAACUCCGCCAACGACUCCUACAACAACAACCACAACAGGUAUAGCGCUGUACAAUUGUUAUGUCAAGGUGUCGUCCAUGUAUCAAAUCUAAAAUGAGCAUGACUUCAGGGUAACAGGAAAUAACAUUAUCAAUUACGGUGUAAACAUCUAAUUUUCGAUUAAACACUUAUUAUAUAGUCUUUACCGUGCCCUUAAAUUCCACACUGUCCAGUUUAAUGCGUCAUUGAGGAUUCGUGGGUGCCUUUAACAUUCUGGUUUUAUUCCAAGGUAUAAAAUAUAGCCAGUUUACUCAGUCUUUCAUUGAACAAAGAUCCAUCAACAAGCAGAAAAUUAAAGGAAAUCCAUAAUUGUCCUAUCUUCAUGGUUAUAUCUGGCAAGAAGACUUCGGGAAGAGAAUCUGCUGAAACUAGACCUGAGUUGGUUAGAUAGAUUGUUCACGUCAUCGAAAUUGUUGUGAUGUCCAUG